ACAGUGUGUAAGUAGUGUGCGAGUGAACCGCUUGCUCUGACCGUAUCGAACAAAGUGUAUAACUGUAGGUGCGACAAUAUUGUCUCUCUUUGUUUUUCUCGCUGUUUCCAGAAAUAGCAGGAUAGCGAGAUAUCCGUGUCCAGCUGUUGGUCGUAUCCAAGUAGCAUAACAAUCAAACAAACCGGCCGCGAUUGCCGCGACUAGCAGUCGGCGGUUGGCCACUUCGUGCAGAGGUCUAUUGAAGCAGCAGAGCACUAGCACGAGCGCACUCUAUCUGCGAAACAGUGAGCAAUUUGCCUUGUGUGAGAGUUAGCCGUGUGUAUGUGCGUGUGUUGUAGCAGGCAGCAGCACUACAGCCAGCAGCCCGCCGAAAAACCGUGUGGUGAUAGUCGUGCACAAGGUCCAAGCACAGAGCCGACUCCGUGUCUGUCCUUGCAUAUUAAUACACACAAGUGCUCAAGAAGAUAAGCAGGCAGUAUGUCGGACACCAAGGUGGAAAACAAGACCGAGAACAGCGUCGACGAGGCGGUCAAGGAGGAAACGACGCCGGAGGAGAAGCCCGCAUCCAAAGGCAAGAGGACCGGCACGAAGAGGCUCUCAACUUUGGAAAAGACAGCUCAGGAGGCUGACCUUAUCCUGAAGGGUUUGAACUCGAGUGUUGGCGAAGUGGAAGGCAGGAGGCGCACAAGAAGCGCGGCGCGAGGUGUCACCACACCGGCUCCAUCGCCACCUAAGAAGGAAAAACGUGAGCCACGCACCGGUGGUGGACGAGGCCGAGGACGUCCCAAGAAGGCCAAUGAAAAUGACGAGGAGAAUGCCGCGGCCACUAACAACAAGAACGAUGAUGCUAAAAUGGACGUUGACGAAAAAGACGACGAAAAAGACGACGAAAAGGACGAUGAUAAGGGCGUUUCCGAGAAUAAGAAAGACGGCAAGGACGAAUCCAAAAAAGAGGAUCAAACAGACGGAAAAGCUAACUCCAAAGAAGAGAAAAACGAAGAGUUGGAAAACAGCAAAGAAGAGCCCAAGAAAAAUGCCGUAGAAGAUUCGCCGAAGAAAGAGGAAGCUAAAUCCAACUCAGACAGCACGACGGAAACCUCGAGUAAAUCGACGACGGAUGCACCCGCGUCGGAAGCGCCGCCUGCCACGGGUAGCGAGAAUGCCAACGCCACACCGGCCGCUGAUGAAAAGAAAGAAUAAUUUUCAUCUUUAUCCGAGCACAUCUUAUCCCGCCAGGCACCAGGGGCAUACACACGUCGGGGUCGCAGAUCCUGUCCCCUCGUCUAUUUCAAAAUAUUGACACCGACUUGUUAAUAGUCUGAAUAAUAAGCGCAUCACACAGUGGAAUUCCGCUUACAUUGGGAAUAAAGGAAGUCGAGUAUGCUUUCACCGUUCCUCAACUUGUGACCAACAUCCGAUUGUUGGAAAAUGAAAUACAAUUAUUUUUAGAGAUUUGAUGAGGACAACAGUUAAGUUCUGAAAUAAUUUUAUUCGAUAAUUAUCAAUUUUUCUAACUGUAUGCAUCACAUUUGAAAUCUGUUAAGUAUCUGCGAAGCAACAUUAACAUUGUAAAUUUCACUCGUUUUAUUAAAUCAAUUUUGUAGAUUUACGAGUAAAUAGAUAAGACUUAUAUAAUUGGUAGAAUGGACUAUACAUUAUUCGUAUGAAUUACAAUUUUAUAUCUUGAGAAAAAAUAAAAUCUUAUAAAACUACAAAAUUGAUUGUCAUGGGUUUUUAAUUUUUAUCUUAGUAUCUGUGUUUUUUGUAUCCAUUCGAACAAGUCGAAAUACACCCGAGGUUGAUGUUCAGAAAGUAAAUAUUUCAAUGCAAAAUGUGCUGUCGUAAAAACUACUUUAUAUGAUAUUUGGCGUACAGUUUUUAAUGUUCGUUUUAUUUGUAAAAUUUUACGUUGCGCUGAUUAACUGGUGAUGGCGAGGAAUUAAAGUAUGGAUGAUACGCUGUUCGUGUACAAUGAUAAUAUUGUAAAAUAUAUUUAAUACGGACUUAAAAUAUAAAAUGGAAGAGAGAACGGAGUCUGUUUUUAAAUCAGAACUGAAAGGUAGGCAUAGCCUCGUGGUGUCUUUGCGACAUACAGAUCUGGUAUGGAAGUGGCUACGAUUAACUCAUUCAUAGAAAAAAAAAGUUAUACUGUAAUUCCUUUUAUUUACAUAAAUAACGACUGAAUGGAAAUGGAAUAUAUGAUGAUAAUGAGAAUGAAAAGGCAUUCAUUUAAAAUUUCCUCUAUUCUUUUUCUUAAUACGUAGGAUAAUGAAUACAAUAAAAUUAAUAAAAUGGCAAAAUCUUGAAAAAUAUUGAAAUUUAGAUUUUUUAUUGAACUACAUUUAUUUUUAUGUCCUUUUACUGCAUUGCGUUGUAGUUUACUUAAUUGUUUUUUAACUUAUUGUUUUAAUGCAAAUUUUAUUAAUUUGAGAAAUUGGAAAAGUUGGUAAGAUUAAACAUCACAAAUUUUUUUUGUUUGCGUCGAAAAGCUAUGUAUUGCAUUACAUUUUAACAUUUUAUUUUACUUUAGUUUAUCUAUAUUUUAAUUUAAUUUUGAAUUCGAUCAACGCAAAUAUAUUAUGACGUUUUUCUGAACGGUUGUGAAUGUACAAAUAGCUUCUAUGGUCAACAUACUAUUUUCAUAAAAAUCCAUACUCAAUGAGACACUUCCAAAUUGUUUUGGAAAUUAUUAUGUAUGCUUCCGUAUUAAUAUUUUUGUUCACACUACAAUAUCUUUUUAUUCAAUUUAAAAAAAUCAGCUUGCUAUUGUAAACAUAACUUUUCGUUACUUAAGAUAUUAUUGCGAUUUUCACUGAAUUCUCUAUUGUAAAUAGAUACAAAAUUUUAUCUGAUGUAAUUUUUUCAUGAAUUGUCAUAAUGUUUGGGUUGUUUCAUAAAUAUUUACAUUUAAUCCAAAUGUUGUCACGAAUUCACAUUUUAUCUUAAAAAUAGAUUAUAAUAAUAUGUAAUGUGGAUAAAAAGAUAAGUUUAUAUGUAGUAUGUAAUGUAUCCAAAUAUAUGAGCGUCGAAAUUGCAAAAGUAUUUUUUAAUUGAAAGUUUACAAUAACAAAUUUCACAAGAUUAUAUUCAACAAGAUUUCAAAUGCGUAAAAUUAUUUCAUUAUUUUUUGGCAGCUAUUGAUUAUGAGUUAUUUAGAUAUAUUAGCAUUGUGCAAUAUGAAAAAAGAAUAUUUUCUUUAACAGCUAACCUGUAAAAUUUAGGGUGAAAAUGGUAUUUGUUUUAAUUAAGGAUACUGUUAACUUUUUUCUAUUAUUUCAAACAAUAUAAGUAAAUUUCAUAAUGUUAUGAAAUUCUCGUAUUUGUGUAACUACAAAAUAAACGGAUGAUGUAUCAUUUUUAUUUAUAUAAAAAUAACUGCAGGAAUUAAAUUAGGCGAUACACUUAAUUAGAAUUCUAACGUAAUAUAAUUUCAACAAGUACCAACAUAAAAUUAAAUUUUAAGUGAAAUCAAAUUAUAACUAAUAAGUCAGUGUCUCAUUACGUACGGUUUUAGUUCUAGUUGCAAAAAUCAGUUGUAUAAUUAUUAUUAAAGCAUGGAUAACUAAAUAUAUAUGUAUAAAGAAAGUAAUACUAAAAUGUCAUUGUCCUGUAAAUGCUAUUUAUGAUUAGCAUUAUGGAACAAGCGUACAUAAUUCAAUGAAUGUCUGUACGAGUGAAAAAAUGAAUUUUUUUUCUUAGAAAAAUAUUAUGAAAAGCAAAAAUUAAUAGUCAACAAAAAACACGUUUAAACGAGUGAAAUAAAUGAAUGUGAUUGCUAGUAGAAUAUAUCAUUUGCGCAAAAAAUAAAAGAGAAUAACGGUUAUCGCUCACCUUUUUAAAUGCGCAGACAAAAUCAUACAAGAAACAUAUUUUAACUGUUAAUUCUUUUAAGUUGAAUCAAGAUUCAUGCAAAGGUUUUGAGAAAGUUCUUUGCAACUUAGCAUUGUUUCUAAGCCUUUCAAAAUAUAAAUAUGUAGAAUAUGUCUGUAAGUACCUUUUUUCGUUUAAUAUGUAGAAAAAGCUAUUUAAUAAACUUAUAAUUAUUUGAUGAAAGAAAACCGAAUGAAAAAUCAAUUUUGAAUUUUGUACUGAUAUUGCUUCGAUCAA